AUGGGCAGCAUCAAGUACAUUCUCUCCCGGGUGGGCACCUGCUGCCCACAAUAUUUACCCAGUAGCUGGGUGUUCUCUACGCGGCCAGCUUCAACCUCAGAAGAGCCGUGGUAUAGCACCGAGAUCUGUCAAUUUGCUCCGCAGACGACUAUCUAUUACGGAUAUACUUGGACCACCGAAGGCAUUACCACGUCAACCCCGAGUGAGAUGAAGCCAGGCGGCCUUAUCAAUGCAUAUGGCUUGGUCGUCGCUUGGCAGGAGACUGAUAGUAAUGAUCCGGCCACUGCUACGGCCACUGCCAGCACAAGCAGGACUAUACCAACUUCGAAUUCAGAUCGUGCCACUGCCACUGCCACCACAGAUACGACUACACCGGCUUCGAAUAUAACAUUCGAUUCAUCGGGCUUAUCUACUGGUGCGAAGGCUGGGAUUGGCGCAAGUAUUGCCGUCGGGGUCAUUAUGCUCUUGGCCUUACUUGCUUUCUUUCUCCUACGUCGGCGAAAAAAGCAACAAAGGGCCUCAGUGGCCGUGUCACCACCCAGACGCCGAAUACGUCAUGCAAAUCCUGUUGAAAUCGAUUCUGCUCAAAGUAGAGGCCCUGAACUAGGCUCAACCCCUCUUUAUGAAGCUGAUGGUCAGAAACAGAGUCCUUAUCAUCCCUGGGUCGUUGAGCUUGAUGGGACCAAUGAUAAACACGACAGGCUUUGGAAAGAAUAG